AUGAUCAGCCCAGGCCCCAGGCCCUCCCCUGGCUUGGCCCGGUGGGCUGAGACCUACGAGGCCAAGUGUGAGCGCUGGCAGGAGACCCGUGAGAGCCGCCGAUGCCGCCGAAACAUGACCACUUGCCGCCUGGUGGGCAAAACCCUGAGGAUACAGCAUAUAGAGCAGCUCAAGAGAGCUCGGCAACUGCAGUUCUUCAUGAGAAGGAACUUGGAAGUGGAGGAGAAAGGCAAGGCACAGAGCCCACAAGCCAGGGAGCAAGGGCCCUCCAGGAGAGACCAGGCAAGUGACUUCAGUGUGUCCUCAUCUUGGCCCAACAGAAGCUCUUCUCCAGAACAGCAGGUGGCAGAGACCAGUUCUGAAAUUGUUCCAGCCCAGCCUCAACCUCCCUAUAGUGUCCGGAGGGAUCCGGCUGACCACCUCUCCUCACAGACUGGGGACGACCUUCCAUCGCACAACUCUCACAUUAAGAAGCCACCCAAAUGCCACCGUGGCACACAGACAAAGGCAGCAACAACCCCGCCAACUAUCAAGAAUGAUGCAAGUCAGCAAACCACCUGUGGAGUUGCAGUUCUGGAUAAGGAAAUCAUCCAGCUUUCCGAGUAUCUCAAAGAGGCCCUACAACGGGAACUCAUCCUAAAACAGAAAAUGGUGAUUCUUCAGGACCUACUGUCCCACCUCAUUCGGGCCUCUGACAGCUCCUGGAAGGGACAGCUCAAUGAAGACAAGCUGAAGGGCAAACUGAGAUCCUUAGAAAACCAGCUGUACACUUGCACCCAGAAAUACUCCCCUUGGGGGAUAAAAAAGGUACUACUGGAGAUGGAAGAUCAGAAAAACAGCUAUGAGCAGAAGGCCAAAGAGUCACUGCAGAAAUUACUGGAGGAGAAAAUGAGUGCAGAACACCAACUGCAGAGCACAAAGCGCUCCCUGGCCCUGGCUGAGCAGCAGUGUGAAGAAUGGAGGACCCAGUACAAUACUCUACAGGAGGACUGGAGAACCCUGGGGACCCAGCACAGAGAGCUGGAGAGUCAGCUCCAUGUGCUCCAGACCAAACUGCAGGGCGCAGACAGCAGAGAUGUACAGAUGAACCAGGCCCUGCAACUUUUGGAGAAUGAGCACCAAGAGCUGCAUGCCAAGAUUGAAUGUCUGCAGGGGGACAGAGAUCUGUGCAGCUUGGAUACCCAAGACCUACAAGAUCAACUAAAGAGGUCAGAAGAGGAAAAGCUCACCCUGGUGGCCAAAGUACAGGAGUUACAAAGUCUACUUCAGAAUCAGUCCUUACAGCUUCAAGAACAGAGGAAACUCUUAACAAAGAAAGGUCAGCAAAUUUAUUACCACAAAUUCUAA